AUGAACCUAUUCAAUAUUACAGGCAUUAUAUGUCUACAAACACUUUGUUAUUGUGUUAUUUUAUCUAUUGAUACAUAUGUUAGUUCAUUACAUUUAUCACCAAGUAUAAAUUGUAGUGGAUUACAAAAUGAAAACAUAUUGAAUCAUUUCUAUCAAAGUAAUAAUGAAACAUGUCCUCGAAUGGACAAUGACACAUCAACACAUGGAUUGACUCCGACACGAGACCGAGACGAAAUUGUCUAUCGAAGAACUAUUGCCAACAGUUUACCAGCAAUCAUUAUGACGUGUGCACUUGGUAUGAUAAUACCAUUUCUUGGCAAACGAUUUGUACUUAUAUUACCUAUGGUUGGUAUUGCUAUUCAAAUGACAAUUGCUCUGGCAAUUAUUUAUUUAGAUCUAGGAAUCUAUUGGUGGUAUUUGAGUGGUUUUCUGUUAGGUGUAUUUGGCAAUCCGGGUAUUAUAGAUUUUGUUAUUGCUUUAAUUAUUAUUGAUUUAACAACUGUAAAUAAUCGAUCAUUAUGGUUUGUUCGUUUUUAUGCAUUAAGAUGUGUAUUGACAGGAUUGAUAACGUUUUUGAUUUCUUAUUUUGGUCAAUAUUAUGGUUAUAUUGGAUUAUUUUGGUUUGCACUUGUUUUACAAUUGAUCUCGAUUGGUGUUAUUAUUCGAUAUAUUGAUUUAACUCUUUAUAAUCAUACGAAUCUUAGAAUUAAGAAUCGAUUUUAUUUAAAUUUUAAUAUAUUUAUUAUUUUUCGUGGAAAUCAUCGAUCUAUUCAAGAAAAAAUCGGUAUUUUAUUGAUUCUAAUUGCUUAUAGUUUUUAUGCUUUAGCAAAUUCAGUAAUUGAAGCAUUUUACAUAGCACUUACUACAUAUCCUAUUUGUUGGUCAUGGAUGUUGCCUAAUAUCUAUAAAUUAAUUAUGAGUAUUAAUCUUGGAAUUUUUGGUAUGAUUGGUUAUCAUAUAUUAACUCGAUUGACAAAAACAAAUGAUAUUCUCAUCUGUAUUAUUAGUAAUACGUUUUUACUCAUAACACAUAUUUGGACAGCUUUAGCACAACAUAAUUGGCAAGUAUUUAGUAAUAGUGCAUUUUAUUCAUUUGCUAACUAUCAAAAUCCAUUGACUCUAUCAAUAUUAGCACAAUGGUUGAAACCAAGUGAAACUAAUCUUGCUUUCAUAUUUAUCAUUGUUAUUAAUCAAUUUAUUAUAUCAUUUGGUGAUUAUUUUUUCAAAUGGAUCUUUAUGAACACGACAUAUCAACAUAAAAAUAUAAUACUAUUUGUAGCUGGUGGAUUUGGUCUUGUUUCAUUGAUUCUUAACAUAUGCCUCUAUGCAGUCGAACGUUGCAUAUCGAAGCCGUCAUCAAUAGUUGGUGAAACAACUGCUCUGGUGACAGAUGUUGACAACAAUCCUGAUCCAUCUCAAUCACUGUCUACUGAUGAUCAUUCACCAGUGCCUAUUCGAUUGUUUACUAUUGGAAAACUUACUCUUAGUGUUACUAUCGGAUCUCCGUCGAAAUCUAAGAAACAACCGACACCAAGUGUUGAAAUAAAUCAAGAAGAUACUACUACACAAGACAAUCAAAAUCUAAUUAAUCUUUGA